UAAAUGGCGUUAGAACCCAUUGGGGUGUACAGUUCGCAGCUUCAAGCACCCCCGAACACAUCUCAUCAAACAAAAAAUGUCUCUUAAGUUGGUGGUCUUCUCCUGCCUUCUGGCCGUGGCUUACGGCAGCGUGGCUCCUGCUGCCUUUGCAGCGGCUCCCGUGGCCUACGCCGCCCCAGCCGUGUCUGCAAGACUCGAGGAGUUUGAUCCAUUACCUCAGUACAGAUUCGGAUAUGACGUAGCAGACUCUUUGACUGGAGAUUACAAGAGCCAGCAGGAGCAGCGAGAUGGCGAUCUAGUUCAAGGGUCAUACUCUCUCGUUGACCCCGAUGGUACGCGUCGUGUUGUAGACUACACUGCUGACUCUGUCAAUGGAUUUAACGCUGUCGUUCGCAAGGAGCCUCUGGUGGCUGCUGCCCCUGCUGUUGUGGCUGAACCUGCCGUGGUGCCUGCUCGAAUUGCAGCUGCACCUGUUGCCCAACCAGUGGUAGCUGCCCGCUACGCUGUCAGCGCUCCAGUUGUCGCUCCUGCGCGGUUAGCCGCUGCCCCUAUUGCUGCCGCGCCCGUCGCUCCCGCUCCUGUGUUCGCCCGCUAUGCCACCGCCCCAGUAGUCGCUCGCUACGCCGCUGCUCCUGUAGCAGCUCCAGUCGUGGCCGCUCGCUACGCUGCCGCUCCUUACGUAGCACGUUAUACUGCACCAGUAGCGGCCUACAGAACGGCUUUUCCCGCUCCUGUUACUGCUGCGUACACAGCACCAGUUGCCGCCGCGGCCUACACCGCUCCAGUUGCCGCCGCAGCUUACACAGCUCCUGUCGCCACCGCUGCCUACACGACGUAUACAGCUUCAGCUCCCGUGGCAGCAUACGCCGCGCCUGUCGCAGCUGCCUAUGCCGCACCCGCUGCGUACGCGGCCUCCGUGGCGACACCGGCCCGACUCGCCGUAGCACCCGCGCAGGCGCCCGUGCUCCGAGCAGCGCCUGCUAAGAUCGUCGAACCAGUCGCCGCCGGCUACCGUUACCCCUCUCCUCAUGGGUGCGGGUUCGAUUACCGCUCCGAAUUAUAUGACGUCACAAACGAAUGUCACGCGUGGACACUCGGUGAAUAUAAAAAGAGACAGUGCACUAUAUUCGGCAGUUCAAUCUCACUCUUGGACAUAAUCAGAACCAAAAUGGCAUUCAAGUUUGUCGUAUUCGCCUGCGUGGUAGCGGCCGUGAGCGCCGGGCUCCUGCCUGCCGCCCCCGUGGCGUACUCCGCCCCAAUUUCCUACUCCAGCCAGGCCGUCCACGCUGCCCCCUUGGCCUACUCCGCCCCCGCGCUCCACGCCGCCCCCCUAGCCUACGCUGCCCCGGUCGCCAAAUACGCCGCCCCCGUAGCCUAUGCCGCUGCCCCAGUCGUCAAGACCGUUGAAGCUUACGACUCUCACCCUCAAUACAGCUUCUCUUACGACGUUCAAGACGGACACUCUGGCGACUCCAAAAGCCAGCACGAGACUCGUGACGGAGACGUAGUCCAGGGCUCCUACUCGGUCGUCGACCCUGACGGCACCAAGCGCACCGUGGACUACACCGCUGACCCCCACAACGGUUUCAACGCCGUCGUCCGCAAGGAGGCUCUCGCCGUAAAAGUGGCCGCUCCCGUCGUCGCUAAAGUAGCACCAGUCGCAUACGCCGCCGCCCCCGUGGCCUACGCCGCCCCUGUAGCCAAGGUCGCAUAUGCCGCCCCCCAGCUUGCCUACUCCGCCCCUGUCUACCAUCACUAAAAAUUAAGACAUUCUUGAAUGCCAUAAUGUAAAUAUAAUAUCUAUUUAUUUCAA